AUGUCUUUAUCUCCCAAAGGCUCUGCCCAUUCCAAGACGGAGGUGGAAGAGAACUCCGAUAUUUCAUCGUUUGACCCCGAAUCCUUUUUGAAAAAGGAGAUUGAAGAAGAGAGUGAACAUUCGAUAAAUUACCGUAAUUGUUCAUGGCAAAAAACCGCCGGGCUUUUGUUUAGUGAAUAUAUUUGUCUUGCUAUUAUGUCGUUCCCUUGGUCAUAUUCGGUGUUGGGUUUAGGUCUAGGCUUGAUCGUCACUGUCAUUGUGUCAUUGUUGUGUUUAUACACUGGCUUAAUUAUCAGCGAUUACUGUGCUGCCUACCCCCAUUUGACCAAUGUUUGUGAUAUUGGACAACACUUGAUAUUCGGGAAGAGGUGGGUUUGGUACGCCACUGCAGUUGCUUUUUUACUCAACAACACUUUAAUUCAGGCGUUACAUGUGUUGGUUGGUGCCAAGUACUGGAAUACAAUUAGUGAUAACACCACCAUUUGUUCAGUGGUGUUUGGAGUGGUUACAGCAAUAAUUUGUUUUUUGCUUUCUUUACCAAGAACAUUUAGUCACUUAUCUGGUGUUGGCUACUUUUCAGCCAUAACUAUGUUUAUUGCCGUCGUCCUUGCCAUGAUCUUUGCUGGAGUUCAAAGUCACCCCAACAAGUAUGAUCCAGCCACUCCAGUUGUAUGGCAUGCAUGGCCACAAAAGGGUGAGAAUUACGUCAACAUCAUGUCAGCAGUCUUGAACAUUGUUUAUACAUUUGUGGGGCAAAUCACAUACCCAUCAUUCAUUUCCCAGAUGAAACAACCUAGAGAUUUCCGUAAGGCUUUGGUUGUGGUCACAAUUUGUGAAUUAAUCACUUUUGCUUUGGCUGGUUCCAUUAUUUACGUAUACGUUGGAAAUGCAUAUAUGGUUGCACCGGCAUUUGGUGCAUUGACUGCUAAUUUCAAAAAGAUUUCGUUUAGUUUUGCCUUGCCAACCGUUUUGUUCCUUGGGUCGUUGUACAGUAAUGUCUCCUCCCAGUUUUUGUUUCAACAGAUUUUCAACAAGGCAAGUGUACACAGAAACGAAAAUACUGUAUUGGGAUGGGGUGUAUGGGCUGGUCUCAACGGUGGAUUAUGGGCUAUUGCCUUUGUUAUCGCUGAAGUGAUUCCAUUCUUUAGCGAUUUAUUGAGUUUGAUGUCGUCGCUUUUCGAUUGUUUCUUUGGGUUCAUCUUUUGGGCGUUGGCAUACUUCAAAUUGAGGAAAUUGUACUACUAUAAACAGGAAGGUAUACGUAUAAAUUUGGUUGAGUUGUUUACGAGAUCAAGCUUUAUACAAAAGGGAGAAUAUGUGCUAAAUGCUAUAAUAUUUGCAUUGGGAUUUUACAUUUUAGGUCCCGGAUUGUAUGCCACUAUUCAAAGUAUCAUAUGGUCUUACGAAGAAAGUUUGUAUGGUAAGCCAUUUUCGUGUGUAAGUAACGGUUUGUAA